CCCCGCGGCAGUCGCGCCUUGCGAUCCCCGCCGGAGCUCCCGGGCAGGCCCCACCCGGCGGGACCCGGGAGCCGACCCCGAGUCCCCCGAGCCCACCGCUGCCGGGGCUGCCUCGGCCGGGGAGCCGCUCUUCCCCGCCCCUCCCCGUCCCGCCCGCGCCUUGCGCUGGGCCCGGGCCGAGCCGCGGCCGCUGCCGCCCCGCUCCGCCACUCACCGCCGGCCCUGCGGCUCCGCUCCGCCGCGGCUGCGCCCGGCGCGGGCGGCGGGAGGGCGGGGAAAAGGGGCCUCGCCGCGGGAGGAGCGGCUCGGUGUCGGCAACAUGGCAGCGUCCAGCCGUGCCCAGGUGCUGCGUCUGUACCGCGCCCUGCUGCGGGAGAGCCAGCGCUUCAGCUGCUACGGCUACAGAACAUACGCCAUCAGAAGGAUAAAAGAUGCCUUUAGAGAAAACAAGAACAUAACAGACUCUGAAAAAAUAGAAGAACUACUGAAUAAAGCCAAAGUAAACCUACAGGUUAUUCAACGGCAGGAGACACUGUCAGAUUCAUUGGCACUGCAACUGAGCAGGCACACUUCCCUCCAGGAGGAGCUUUGGCACAUUUGUCUGGUGCCUCUGAUCCCCAGGAGGCUCUGCUCUGCUGCCCUUGAACUGCAGUCUGUAAUUCAGGAUGACAAUGUUGGUAUUGGUACUCUCGCUUCUGACAAGUCACCUGGUCCCAUAGCUGUGAGGAAAAUUCCAGAGUUUUUCCAUUUCCAGCUUACAGAGAGAAGAGGCUCCUCCUGAAGCUACUUGCAUUCUUUUCUGGCCUUUCAGAUGAACAUCGCUUCUCCCCACAGCACACUGAAAAUAUGUUUUAAAACUUUCCCCAGCCACUCUAAAUCAGAUGCCUUUUAUUUGUUUCUUUCACAGAUGGUUUUUCAAGUCUAAAGAAUUUAUUCAUUUUUUCAUUUUCAAGAUAAAGGCAGUCUGCAAAGACUUCCAUUUGCCUUAUUUGCUCUAAGAAUCUGGUUUCAUGACUGAUUCAUAUUUGCCCAUCUAAUUAUCUUUGUGCUUCUGUUGGUUGUCACUAAAACUUUUCCCCUUUUCCAGUUUCAAAGGUGAUGCUUGCUUCUUUCUUACUUUAAAAUUGCUUGUCAAAAUGAAAGCUGUUUAUACAACCCAUCAACAUUAACUAUCGUUUUACAAAACUGAAAAAAACAGUUACUUUACAAAAAAACAACCCUCUUCAUCAUCCUUUGUGUCUGGUAUGUCUGCAUAUAUUGUAAUCUUUUGGGCAUCCACUGAAUACCCCUCUGGGUUAUCAUAGACCAAACAUGGUCUCUGUCACCAAUACCAUUUGAGUGAAUUUGCAGCCAGGUAAAUUCACAGCGAUCUACUUUUAUUUUGACAAUAAACAUAUAUGUGGCCUUCACAUAAAAGCUCUUUCAAGCAAAGAAGCUUUAUCAUUGAUGUGUUAUUUUACAGUUUUGUCUUUUUUGCAGUAAUUCAGAUUCUGUCUAGUGUCUCUGUAGUAAACUGCUUGUAUUUGAGGGAAAUGUGUUUGAUCCAUGAAGUUGUGAUGAAGCCAAGCUUAGGGAAGAAAGUUGCGAGACUCUAAUAGCAGCAUGUCUGAUCAGGCCCUUGGAAGUUUAGGCAGAGAAAGCUGUUUUCUAGACAAGAGUGUAGAGUGAAGUUUAAUUAGUGUUUACGCAGUCUCCUUGGUACUUGGUGCAUUGCUGCUGUCUUUAGCUUUGGGCUUUCUGAGGUGAGCCUGGGUUUUUUUUGGCCAUUAAGUGCUACAGCUGCAGUGCCCUUCAUCUUUGUGACAGGCAUUAUGCCAGUACAUUUAUUCCGAAAGCAAGUAAAAAGAAGAAGAAAGAAGGAGCCCAAACUCUUCCAGUCACAGUUAAAUCACAGUUUGACUGAUUCCUGUUGUUAUGCUUUCUGGGGUAAGUCAGAUACAUGUUUCCCCUCCGAGGUCUGUGCUGCCUGGAUGUCCUUCCUUGGCUGUUGGCUUGGCAGGAAGUGAAGCAUUACUAAGCAGAGUUUUGAACUCACCUUUAUAAUUUUGUCACCAGUAGAAAAUGCAUAAAUGCAUAGUUUAAAACAAAAAUCUGCUGUUUAUGUUGUAAAAUUAAGGUCCUGUCCCUCAUCAAGGCAGUUAUGAAUAUUGCAGUGUAGUGGCUAAAUAAUACAUUCAUAGUUUUUCUUCAGUGAACAUAAUUGACUUGCUGAGCAGUAGCUUUGAUAAUUCUUAACCAUAUUUUUACCCAAGUGUGUGGUUAAAAAGAGCAUUAUGUGACCUAAUCACGUAGCCUUUCACAUUAAUACAGAUCUUGUUUAUAAUUCUCUUGAUUUUGUUGUUGACCCAGUACUUUGGUUCUGUGUUCAGAUUAUCUUAACUUUAAAUGAAAAUAUUUCUUGUCUCACAGAAGUCGAAUUUCUAUGCAUAUUUGUCAGUAGUGAAUACUUAGUGGGAGUGAUUACUCUCUAACUGCUCGUGCCAGUAUACCUCUGGGAGGUUAAUCAAUCUUGUGCUUUUUAAUUGACAUCAAUAAUGUGUUUACAUUUAUCAAUAUUUCUUAAUUGUCAAGUUAUAACUGUGGAACUUCAAUAAUAAAUCAUACCAAUGGUUAACUUCA